AUGGUCGCCUCGAUGAUCACCCUGAAGCUCAGUCAUCAUCCUACGAAAACAUUCAACGUUCCUUCCUCUACAAGUUCUUAUUGGAAGUGCUACCAGGAACUCGUGGUUCCAGAGUUGGUUAGCUCGUUCGUCAACGCAAAGGUGCCGGUUAGAUUUGUUCAUUUCUCUUCACUCCGCAAAGCUGUAGAGGAAGCUGUACUGCGUUGA